UGAAUCUCAAUGCGGAAGUGGGGACCGGAAGCGCGGCGCAGGGAUUGUUGUAGCAUCAGUAGGAGGCUUGUUGUAGUAUAUUUUUAUUACUAAAUACAUUUUUUUAUUAUUAUUAUUCCAACCCGCACUUUAACACUCAUCACCGGUCAUUAUGAUCCUGUUGGAAAUAAAUAAUCGCAUCAUCGAGGAGACGCUUACGCUCAAAUUCGACAGCGCGGCCAACGGGAACAAGCCGGAAGCAGUAGAAGUUACAUUUGCCGACUUCGAUGGCGUGCUAUACCACAUCUCAAACCCUAACGGUGACAAGACCAAGGUGAUGAUCAGCAUCUCGCUGAAGUUCUACAAAGAGCUGCAGGAGCACGGGGCUGACGAGCUGCUCAAGAGGAUCUAUGGAAACUUCCUGGUGCCUGCAGAAGAUGGCUACAAUGUGUCUUUGCUCUUCGACCUGGAUACACUGCCAGCUAAAAAACAGGAGAUAAUCCACCAGGCGGGCAUGCUGAAGAGAAACUGCUUUGCAUCCGUGUUUGAAAAGUACUUCAAGUUCCAGGAGGAAGGUCGCGAGGGCGAGCAGAGAGCCGUGGUCCAUUACAGAGACGACGAGUCUAUGUACUUGGAGGCAAAGAAAGAUCGUGUUACUGUCGUUUUCAGCACCGUCUUCAAGGAUGACGAUGAUGUCAUCAUUGGAAAAGUGUUCAUGCAGGAGUUUAAAGAAGGCCGGCGUGCGAGUCACACGGCUCCUCAAGUGCUGUUCAGCCACCGAGAGCCUCCUCUGGAGCUGAAGGACACGGACGCUGCAGUGGGAGACAACAUCGGCUACAUCACCUUCGUCCUGUUUCCUCGUCAUACCAACACCAACGCCAGAGACAACACCAUCAAUCUUAUCCACACCUUCCGUGAUUACCUACACUAUCACAUCAAGUGCUCCAAGGCUUAUAUCCACACUCGCAUGAGAGCCAAGACCUCUGACUUCCUGAAGGUCCUGAACCGCGCUCGCCCCGACGCCGAAAAGAAAGAGAUGAAGACGAUCUCGGGCAAGACAUUCUCUCGCUAAAGCGACACCGCGACCAAACAUGCUUUACAGGACCAGCCAGUGCUACCCGAGUGCAAAGCGGAGGACGACCCCCCCCUUCCCCGGAUUCGGACAGCGCUUGUAGACUCCUAGACGCUUGCAAAAUCCUUCAAGGAACAAAAUUUAAAUUCCCUUCGAGUUUUCACACGGUUCGGCAAAACGUCGUAAACAUUUUUAUACAGACCUCCAGUAAUUUGGACAUUGGUACUUUUUUCUCUCCCCUUCCAGCUGAAAUCUGUGUCCCAUCUGAGAAAUGUUUAUGCAGUGUUGCUCCAUGUCUGUUCUAUUGUAUUUGACUUUGUGCAAGAGAUUACCUGUCUGCUUUCGAGCUAAUAAAAAAACCUGUCUUAGAAAAAAAAAAAAA